CUAGGGGCUGGCUGUCUGGGAACAUGAGCCGUGUCUUGUCCAUCUCGAGGGCCGCGGCACUUUUAUUUCCACUGGGCUCGCCGGACCAGCCCGUCACGGUGUCUCGGCAAUCGUUGGCACAUUUUGGCACCGUGCCCGCCCACCAUCUCUGAACAACCUGCCACCCUGUGUGCUCCGCGGCCCCCCAGGCGUCCCGGAGUAUUGCUGACACAGUCGAGGGCCAGGGCUUCAGGCCAAGCGCUCUGGGCUGUGCCUGAUUGACGGCCAGGUUUAAAACGUGGAUGUCUCCGUCGUCUCCCCAGCCCAUCGCGGCUUGUGGGCCUCGCAGUCAGCCCAACGUGCCACAACACGCCACCGACUUCCGGAUGGGACCAAUCAACAAACAAAACAAAUAAACAACCAAGCGGAUGGACAUUCCUCUUUCGCAUGUUCGAUAACGUGUCGCAAUUCUGAUCACCUCUAUGAACCAUCUAUCGAGGUCCCUAAUGCACCUGCCAUGCGGAGGCUGGUGCAGGGAGCACGCAUAAAAUGCUGCGGCCACCACGCCAAUAUGCUAGCAAUUAUACUGCUGCUGCUGGGCACCCAUGGUCGCGUUCGCAAUUCUUCGCAAAAAGCAAGCGCGCCCAUUUCUGCUGGGCCUUGACACGCACUCCCCGCGCUCACUGUCCCAUGCCUAUCACUGGCUGACGGGCUCUGGAGGCUGAACACGCAGGGGUGUGCAAGCACUGCGUGGUGUGCGACCCGAGAGCUCCUUGUUGGCGGCGGCGCCGCCCAGUCCUGCCGCUCCGACGGUGCCUCGGUUUCCGCGCUUACCGAGUGCAUAUGUGUGUAGCCCUUACGACCCUUUUGGGGCCGUUCCUGGACAUCCAUUGCCCCGUUGCCUGUUCUGUCCGCAUCGGCUGGUCCCCGAGUCGGCGAUAUCUCGACGCCAUCGGCGCCACCGUGGGACGGCUCCCUGUGUGCUUGAAAGGGAUGUCGCGGCCGCCGGUGUGCGCCUCCACAGAAAAUUCGCACGCUCAUGCCUUUUAGCACCGAGCUAGCAAAGCGCCAGCCAGAGGCCAAAGCGCUCCCCCAGCCCUCAUCCGGCUUGGCCCUGGAACGCAGGUUUGGCUCCCGUGGAAUUUUUCCGGACUGGUCGAAUAGCGUUCACGACUCGUUCCGGCUGUUAAAGCCCUAGGUCAGCCAAGCGAGGACCUGGCAUGUCUGCAUCGACGAGCGGCGGACCCGCGUGCGUGGUCGGACGGCCAUGCCGAGCCUGGACAAGCUGGAGGCUUUGGGCGCACCUAUAAUUCGGAUUCCACCCAUAUGAGCGCCUGCCAACCUAGUGUGCCAGUCACCUCCCUGGGCCCGUGGCUCGAAAUGACCACAAUCUAUGCCAUUCCCGAAAGCGACGGCGCCUCACCUCUCCCAUUAAGUUUAGCCACAGCAACGCCCCGCGGCCUGGGGCAUACGCAACACCAUGAAAUAAUCACGGCUCGAGCUCACGGCGUCCUCCGACGAGUUGCUUUGGUGGAAAACCCCCUGUCUGUCGUGUCGAAACCUUCAACACGCAACGAGACUAGGCUAGUCCUCUAUAUACACUAAGAGAACUCCGCUUCAUCGCCCCUAUAUGGCGGACUUGCCCUUGCUAGGUGCCCUCGGCAUCGCCGCCAUCUUUUGACACCAUCCGAGCCCGAUUCAUGCUCCGAUAACAUCUUUGACAUACCCAUGCCGCCAAUGGUAGGACAUAAAGAGUACACGCCUUCUCGAGAACGCCCAGAUUGUGGCCACCCAUUGCAACAGGCCGUGAUGUCUGGGUUUUAGUAGUCCGGCGAGAUCACCACCAAUAUUCUCUAAGCCGGCAUCGCCGGCGAGGGAAGCAGAGCCAGAGCGAGUGGAAAAAGGCCCCGCGCCGCUAGAAAAGGGUUCCAGAAGGUGAUGACAUGGCGCGCUCCGUGGCCACAACACUUAGCUCUUCGAAUAACGUGUGGCUACCCACUGCUUGGGCCAUCUUCAUGGCGGGAUACAAGAUGGUGACAGAUAGGAGUUUCAACAGCUGCGGAACGGACCAAACUCCCGUAUCGUGUGGCCUUGUCAGAAAGACCCCCUCACUUUUUGGGGUCGCCGCACCAUCGACGUCAAUUAAGCGGCCUGCACGGCCCACAUAUAGUGGGGACAUGUCCCGCAAGGCAAUUGAUCUCAUGUUUGGACGGGAGCCACUUUGAGGAUAAUUUUUUUCAGGUUCGUUUUUUUUCCCCUUCUCUUGCGCCUUCAGUAGCAGUGCCUCUUCAAAAUUUUCCACCGCCCGACACCAAGCUCCCAAUCAGCCUAGCCAGUCGAAAGGGCCUCAGCGUUGCGACCUUGAACUAGCCGCCCAUCCCGUUGCGUUGUCCUAGUUGGAAGCGACGUCUUGAUCCGCUAUCAGCUACCAAAAUGCAUUCUAUCCGCCGUGCCACUCUCCGAGCGGCUACCACCCAUGCGUCGCGGGCGGUAGUCGCAACCCCGCGCCUGGCAUUGGCGGCAAAGACCACUGGAUCCAACCUGCUCCUGUCUUCAGCCGCCGUCCUCUCGCGAUCCUUUGUGGCCACGCGCUGGCUGGCAAACCAAGUCGAUUCGGUAGACCAGGGAGAGGGCAUCAGCGAAGACCACUCUGCGGGCUUGACCGAGGGGUCCGAGUCUGCCACACCUGAGGGUGAGGGACAAGCUGGACCAUAUGUAAGGGGUCAGGACACCCCGUACGGACUCUUCGUUCGUAACCUUGUCUUCGACGCCAACGAGGAGCACCUCAUGGAUGCUUUCAGCAAGUAUGGAGAGAUCACGAAGACCUCGAUCGCGAGAGACGUUCGUGGUCUGAGCAGAGGGUAUGCUUUUGUCUUCUUCACGAACGCUGAAGACAUGAACAAGGCUGCGGCUGGGGCCAACGGUUCUUUCUGGCACGGCCGCCGCAUCCACGCCUCGCCACGCCUCAAGCCAACCAAGGACAAUCGCUCCCAGGGCGAGGCUCGUGAGGCUCGUGAGCGCCUGCCGCUGGCAGAGAGGGUUCCUACGAAGUCUCUGUAUAUCGGCAACAUCCCGUACGAGACGACGGACGUGGAGCUCAACAAGCUCUUCCGGUCGCUGGAUAACGUCACCGAUGUGCGCAUAGCCGUGGACCGCAGCACGGGAUGGCCCCGCGGUUUCGCUCAUGCCGACUUCUCAUCGGAGGAGGCCGCGCUGGCGGCCGGCCAGAAGCUUGAGGACAUGACGCUCCUGGGCAGGCAACUGCGCAUCGACUUUUCGCAGGGCAAGCGGGCCCAGGGCAACGAUGGCGAGCGCCGAAUUUCGACCUCGGGCGAGGACGAGCAGUGAGGGGGGGUGCCAUCCAAUGUACUAUAGAACAAAACCAAACAACCUCGACCUUGCGGGCACCGGAUUUCUUUGUUCCUGAGCAGUGGCUGUGGCUAAUGUGUGGAGGAUUCGAAGGAGCGCCGCGAGCGUGUAAGGAUAGGUAGGUCGGUAUCACGUAGUAUGAUCAAAAAAAAAGAGAGAAAAAAGGAUUCAUAUCA